UGGCUUUCACGUGAUUGGACCUUCGAGAAACCCGGAACUAGUGUGAAGGUCUUCGGUUGUGUGGCUGGAGUUUAGAUAACAUAUUCCGGUUGUGGGUCUAAAGUCGAUGUGAAAAUGGGUGUUAAAAUAGAGGUGUUUAGAAUGAUGCUGUAUUUGUCCUUUCCUGUGGCCAUGUUCUGGGUCUCAAAUCAAGCAGAGUACUUUGAAGAAUACAUAGUAAAGAGAAAGAGAGAGAUCUUCCCCCCUGAUGAGGGACUUCAUAGGAAAGAGCUGGAGGACUUCAAAGAGCGAAUGCGUGUUCGGAAGGAACAGCGGAUAUUAAAAGACAUGUCUGUGCAGUCUGACAACUGAGGAUUAUGUGUUGACGUAUAACUGUAUAAAUUCCCAGCACAACCCAUGGAGAAGUAUCCGGCAAUGUUUUUUGGGCAAAAGAAAACUGGUUGGACUGGAGGAAGAGCACGACACACUGGAAAUCUCUGCGAGUUUAACACAUCCCAAGGGUUUACUGGGUGUUUUCCAGAGAUUAAUUAUGCCAGUUGAAUUUUCAUGUGAGACUUUUUAAAUGUCAGAAUUUGCCUGAUCAUUUGAGUUGCUGUGAUGUCAAAGUCAUUAAAUAUUUUUUGAGUUAAA